UCAUGUUAGUCGUACUACUGGCUUUGCAGUUUGCGACAAUGGAAUGAGGACAUGAGGCCAUUUUUAAGGGGAAAAAAGCUGGAGUAAAAAUGAACGUAAAGGCAGCAGUUUGUCAGCUAUGGAGAACAUACCACCAGCACAACCUACCCUGUUUUCAGACGUUGAGAAACGUUUGUGCAAGUCGCCGAACAUGCAGCGCAAACGAAUCAGACAGCGGACAACCAGAAAGGACAGGCAAGAGGUCCAACUUUGUUCCGGUUGCCAGCUCCAAGCAUGACUGGAUUGGUCCCCCAGACAGGCUGUCGAAUCUCCGGCCAAUCAUAUACCAUAUUCCCGAGAAUGAGACUCCAUUGGAGAGACAGCUAAGGCACAUGAGACAGGAGACAGAGGACUGGAAUCAUCAGUUCUGGGCCAAUCAAAAUCUCACUUUCAGCAAGGAGAAAGAUGAGUUUAUCCAUAUGUGCCUGAAGGCAAAGGGCCUUAAUCGUAGAGAUGAGAAUGGCAGGAAGAGAACUCUGAGCAGUGAAGAGAUGGCAGUUUUUUACAAAGAUUUCCUUGACAAGAACUGCACGAAACAUGCCAAUUACAACAAGGAGUGGUACAGACGCAAUUUCACAAUCACCUUACUCAUGGGAAGAGUGGCCCUGCACAGGGCCUGGAGGAGGCUGACAAGGAGACGGAGUCCUGUUACGUGACCCUCAAUAAAGUUGUUGCCUGUACAGUCA